CCUAAGUGUGUUUUUUUUUUUUAAUGGCAAUCAUGUUAUUCAUCUUCUUCAUUUUUCUCCGGCCACCCACAACCACUGCUAGAAACCCAUUGGCGGAGGUUUCUAGUGAUGAUUUCUUAAGAAGUGCAGCCGGAUAUGGUGAGGAGAAGCUCUCUACGGUGGUGGUUGGUGGCUCUCUUCUCUGUGAUGUUUUUUUGGAUGGAAUUUCCAAUCUUCAAUCAAAUCCCAUCACUGGAGCAUCAAUGAUGGUUUCGUGUAAUACGGGAAAGAAAACAAGUAAAUCAGAUUGGACAAAAGGGAGGACCGACGAAUAUGGAGAUUUCCUCAUCGAUCUUCCCUCCCAUCUCCAUGCAGUUCCAAAUAUUGAAAAAAAAUGCAUUGUGAGAAUUCUUCACCUACCAAAGACCUCUCCUUGCCACCAAGCUCUCAAUGGUCACCACACAAGGAUAAAACUUUCAUCGGUCAAGAAUGGAUUUCGUACAUACACCACUCAUAAUAUUCAUUUGAGGCCUAAAAAGCAUACAUCAAGAAACAAAGCCAUGUGAAGUGAACCACAUGGUUCACACAUUCUAGCAAGAUACUUGGACAUUAGCCACUCCUCAUGUUAGAAGGCGCUUUAGUCACAACAUAGAGUUGUGGAUCUUUACCUUGUUUUAUGCUUAUAAGUAACUUUGCGUCCAAAUUGUAAGAUGUCAAUCCAUAAGUGAGAGGUCUCAGAAACAUUGUGAUUUAACUCUCCAUGUUUAUGGAGGAUGUACAUACAUAUAAACAUUGUCCAUAAUGUAACGGUUCAUGACCUUAUGGCUUAUGAGAAUUGGGAAUAGUUGUUGAAUAAUG